AUGAACUCUUCUCCAGGCUUAGUGGCUGUGAUACUUUUAGUGCUUGGACAAGUACAUGGUGACUCAGUGACCCAGAUGGGAGGCCAACUGACCGUCUCAGAAAAAGCUUCCUUGACUGUGAACUGUACUUAUUCAGCCUCGGGAUACCCUGCACUUUUCUGGUACAUUCAGUAUCCUGGAGAAGGUCUGCAGUUACUCCUGAAAGCCCAGGCAGACAAAGCAACAGGAACAAACAAAGGUUUUGAAGCUACAUAUGAUAAAGAAACCACCUCCUUCCACUUGAAGAAAGUCUCGGUCCAAGAGUCGGAUUCAGCUGUGUACUACUGUGCUAUGAGUGACACGACAGGGUUGAAUUAUGGAAAGCUGACUUUUGGACAAGGGACCAUCUUGACUGUCCAUCCAAAUAUCCAGAACCCUGAUCCAGCCGUGUACCAGCUGAGAGGCCCCAAUUCCAACACCUCUGUUUGCCUUCUCACGGAUAUCAGUAAUGAUGAUGAUGUGUCUGUCAAGGAGGGUGUAGAGUUCAGCACAAAUACAACUGUGCUGGACAUGAAGAGCACGUCUUCCAAGAGCAAUGCGGUUCUAGCCUGGGUCGACGACUCCAAUUAUAAAUGCAAUGACACCUUCAAAAAAAUGUUCCCCAUCAGAUCAGAUUUUUCCUGUAAUGCCGAAUUGGUAGAAAGCAGCUUUGAAACAGAUUGGAACCUAAAUUUCCAAAACCUGUCAGUGAUCGGGUUUCGAAUCCUCUUCCUGAAAGUGGUCGGAUUUAACCUGCUCAUGACUCUGCGGCUGUGGUCAAGCUGAGCUCACCAGGACUUAAGGAUCCCGUGCUCACCAUCCUCACUGCAGUCCCUUCUCUCCCCCUCCCCCAAGAAAGAGGAGCCCUCUCACAGCUAGAGAAAAACCACCAGCUGGAUCCCACCCAAUAUCUGUGCCCAAGAUGCUGAAGAGUCGUCACAUGCUGCUGCCACCCCCACCCCCUCCUCGGUCCCUUCAUGGCUGCUUGUCACUGCCAGAGGUUCCUGGCAAGGGCAGGGGCCCUGUGACGCCUCCAUAUGGGGAACCUGUCCCCCAAUUUCCCCACGUGGCUUCUGAUGGUGCUCUGGCACCUAAAGAACAUUGUGAGGAGUCUGUAUAUUUUUAAAUAGUGUCUGUAAAGAAAAGCAUAAAACCCUGUCCUCCCAGGACGUGGGGGAAUGAUCUCAUCACCCAGGCUCGGCUCGGCUAUGUAUGGAGGCCACGCCGCAGCGCUACUGCUGCCCACACCCUCAUUAAAGCAAUUUGGAAAAACACA